GCUGUACAUAACUCUAUUGAAAAAAUGAAGAAAUUAAAUCGGUUAUAUUCUAUUUUCUCAAAGCACUAAAACUUGGAUAUCAGUCAUCCAUCUGAUCAAGUCAGACUAACUGUACUGAUCCCCAGACAUAGUGAUUCCCUCUUCCUAAGUGCUGACACCAAACACGAUAGUGUUCCCAGGCCCCCCUGAAGGUACAUUCUAAAGAGAGAGACAUUAAUAGAUAAUGACUGGGAAGAGAACACAUAAAUAGCUUUUAAAAAAUUAACAAACCUCGAUUUCUUUGGACACAUGAGCAAUAAGAAAAAGUAUCUUUUUAGGAAGUACCUCUAAAAAUUCCUCAGUCAUAAAUUGCUUCUGGCCUCACACUCCAUGACAUGGGCCACUAUUUUCUUGUGAUGAUGAGGAGUGUCCUCUCGGGCCAAAGUUCCUAGCCACUAACAGCCCUUCACAUUUAGCAUUUUCAGUCACUCUGAUCAGGAUCUCUAACCCAAGUGCUGCAUUUCCAAAAGAACAAGACCCUUGCCAACAAACUGGGAAUUCAGCAGUUGGGGGAAGGGGGGAACUGAAGGAGCUGUUACUUUCCCACUAUUUCCAGCACAGGUCUGUGUCACACUGUUUGCAUCAUGCAUCAUUCAUCUGCUGUGAUGAAAUGUAACCCUGCAUUUUAAAAAAAGACCUCUGCAACAGUGAGGAUACUAUAUCUUUGUGAGAAGCAUUUCACAUAUUUUCCAUGGGCAUCAACUGCUCCUGCGACUAUUUAAAUCUCUGUGGCCCUCUUCAGAGGGCAUUAUUCACUUUAGGAAGACCAUUCAGAAGGUGCUGAGCAUAAGAAGGGGAGAAGCCAGGAUGGCAGCAGACAGCAACAUGGCUCCUGAAGAAAAGCCGAGCACAGCUCCUGUGAAAAGGGCUGUCCACAAGAUCCGAAUGGCCAGCCAGGUCUUCAGCUUGGCACGAGGCUGGCAGCAGUGGGCAUCUGACCACCAUGUAAAGCAAGAGCAAGAGCCCUCUGGAUGGGUCCCUGCUGCAGUAAGCUCAUCAGCUCAGCCUGUACAAGAAAGUUCCUUUGAAAAAUGGCAAAUUCCAUCUGUCAAGAGGGACCAAGAAAAAGAUGAUGAAAAAUCCUUAGCAAAGGAAUUGGUGACAAUAACAGAUGCUGAAAAAAAAUCAAGGGAAUCGGAUGAAGACCUCAAAACGUUCAGCAUUAAAAGCAAAGAGGUGACCAAAACAGUCGUCAGCAAAGCCUAUGAACGAGGGGGUGAUGUCAGCCUCCUCAGUGAAAGAUAUGAGAACAACAGCAGUCCUGAGAUGACCAAACUCAAAGAAGAAUCAAGUGCUAUUGACAAAAUUCUUAGUGACAAAUUACCUUCAGCCAUAAGAAGGAAGUGUUCAAAUGUGGUAUCGGAGCUGACCAAGGGCUGGGAGAAGAUGGAAGAGGACAAAGAUGGGGACAAGGGAGAGCUGUUGCUUAAGUGUCGUGAUGACAGCCUGGAUGCCCAGGACAGUGGCUAUGGGGAAGCAGAGGACAAGCUCGAGCAGGAAGACAGCGACCGGGAGGUGACAGCUGUGAGGAUUAAACGGCCUGCCCCAUCUCUCACCAGCCGGCUGAGCGAGGAGGCGCGGAGCAACGCGCGCAGGAAAUGCAGCGCCGUGCACAGCCUCAAGGACAGGUGGCAGGAAUGGGCCGACCAACACAUCAUAACGCAGAAGCUGAACCCCUUCAGCGAGGAGUUCGACCACGAGCUGGCCAUGGCCACGCGCCUGCACAAAGGAGAUGAAGGAUACGGCCACCCAAAGGAAGGAACCAAAACUGCUGAGAGAGCCAAGAGAGCUGAGGCCCACAUCCACCGGGAGAUCAGGGACAUGUGCUUCAUCAUUGAAUCCAUGGCCAAGCCACGGCCCGACGGAAAGAUCCAAGUCACUUUUGGGGAACUCUUUGACAGAUACGUUCGUAUUUCAGAUAAGGUUGUUGGGAUUCUGAUGAGAGCCAGGAAACACGGGCUGGUGGACUUUGAAGGAGAAAUGUUAUGGCAAGGAAGAGAUGAUAAUGUCAUAAUUACUUUAUUAAAAUAGGUUAGGCUAUAACCGGAACAACUUUUGGAAAACUGUUCUCCCUUGCCAUUAGCAUUUGCACAUUUUUGAAUAUAAGGCUCCCCCGUUCAUCACAUAGAAAACAGUAUUUUUUGAAAUAUGUAUUUCAUAACUAGUGCAUGAUAACCCAAACAUCUGAAUGGACUUCAUUUUGUAUCAGAAGUGCUUGCAGGACAAUUAAGUUAAUUACUACCUGGAAAAUAAGGAGAAAAAUCUAUAUAGAAUAUGAGCAGCUGAUGAUAAAAGCCCAUAGAAAUAUAAACACCUACAAACUAAUUCCAACUUCUUGUUACAUUAAGAUAUUCCCAGCCUGUUUAAACUGGAAUAUCAGGAAUAUGAAACAUGCCAGAUCAGAAGCUGAAUGACAAUAUAAACUCAGAGAAAGUUUUUGAUCAGAAAAAUGGUCUUGUGCAUGCACUUCCUAAUUAAUUGAUAUGAAUACAAGUAAAAUUACCUAUUUUAAUACAGAAUCAAGGACAUCACAUUUGUUUUCUUUAGAAGCACAAUAUGUAACUAUUACUACAGUAUUAUCUUAUUGAUACAACUGUUGACACAGCCUUCUCUUACAUAUCAUAUAAAAAAAUCCUUCUUUUUAUAAAUGGGGUUUUAUAUAUUCAUUGUAUUUAUAUAACUAUUUUAGAUUGUUUCAUAUUUAAACUUAUGGAGGUUGGAAUGUAAUGAAUAAAAAAGUUUUGAUUAAAUAGCUACCUAAAAAGUACUUUCUAUGCAUCAUUGUGCAAUGUCUCAUCUGAUUAUCUAUGCAGAUAUCGUUGUUAUAAAUACAGGGAAAAAUAAUAUAUAACAUAAAAACUAGCCAGGUACUUGUACUUUUGUAUACAGCAAAAAAAGUGACUAACAUCAUUAUCUUCCAUUCUGAAAUGUACCUCUGUGAGAAAAGAAAAGGCACUCAUAACGUUGAGGAAAAUAUUUUUCCACAUUACACAGAAAUACUGACCUAAUUUUAUACCACUUGCCAUUCCAAUGUCACUGAAAUUAUGUACUUCAGUCCAGGUGAUGCUGAAGAAGACUAAAUGCUAAUGAACUAAUAAUACUAACACUUAAAAUCAUAUUAUUCACAAAUCUGAGAACUCUGUUAGGUCUCUGCUAGUUACUGGAAUAGAGAGGUCAGUUUCUCUACUACUGUAAAAAUUGAUGUCCUGGUAAAAUGUGUGCACUUCACAUGAACAGCAUUUGUUUCAGAGAAGAUGUCUGGGCAAGUAAUGAAAAAGAAGUGUUUUAUUUCCCCUUAAGUUUCUUUCAAACUGAAAGAGCAAAUAUCUUACAGAAGAAGAAGUAGAGGUGUAUUAACGUUUUGUUUCUGAUAGAACAAAUAUUGCUGUCUUAAUUAUGAGUUCAGGUACUCCAGUUUGAAGCUUCAAUAUACAAAUAAACCAAAUAUUUUAUAACUUAAUGAUAGAAGAACCGACUACUACAUCUAUUCUAAAUCUAUGUAAAUCGUGAAUACUUUAAUAGUUAUAUUAUGUGACUCUAGGGAAGAAAAAAUUAAUUGUAAGAUGGAAUCAGUGGAGCUUAUUUAAUGUUUUUUUGAGAUCUCUUAGACUACUCAAGUUGACCUACAAAACUGAUGUCUUAGUGUAAUACUUACAUAUCAUAAUUUUUACCUGCAUAUUAACUUAUUCUUUAUAUCUUUAUAUAAUGACUUUUUAUAGCUGUCUAAAUUGUCUUGACAAAAUUUUGUUGUCAAAGGAACACAUGAAGUAUAAAUAAAACCUUUAUUAUUUCUUGGGUUUUUCUCCCACAUACUAGAAAACAAAUAUUCUCUGUGAAUAUUCUGUGAAGUAAAAUAUCAGUAAGUUGCUUCAAAAAACAAGCACAUUCUCCUUUUGACCUGCUGUUAAAAUAUUUCCUGUGAAGGUUUCUCUGUCCAAAGCACCAGAACAAGAUUUCAGAGUACAUGGCAACAGACUUCAUACAAAACACCUGCAAGAAGAAUACACACUAAAGGCAUCUAAGUGUAAGUGAAUUACACAUUUCUUCUCAUGAGAAUUCCCAUCCUACCACAGGAAAACACAGGAGCUAUAACAAUGUGAUCACUACUAUGUAUCAUUACCUCACUCCAGGGAACUUAAGCCUCCCAUUCAGUCAUCCCAGUGUUAAAAUCUAAGCAAAAUAAAUCAAAUUCUCAAUUUUUUCCUAUUUUCUCCAUCAAAUAAUUUUAUUUCCAAUCGGAUGAGAAAACCAUGUGACAUAACUAGUAUUUUUGCUCAUCCUACCCUCCACUAUUUACCUUUGAGAAGGCAGUAUCACGUAAAACCUAAUUUCUGAAAAUAAUUUACCAUUUUUUUUGAAAAUAAAUAUUAAAUAUUGAUGUAAGUUAUGGUGUAUGGAAGCAUUUCAUGUAGGCUAUACAUUUAUAACAAUUUUUUACAUGAAGUUGUGUGACAAAUUUAUCUAUGGUGUGGGAGAUAAUAAAUCUGACCUCAUUAAAAAACAACAGAAGUACUCCCUGAAUUACCCACCCUAACUCUCCUACUAUAUACUGUGUUGCACUCCUGUGAAAUUAGCACAAAUUUAAAUAUUCUAAGUAGAGAGAAGAUAAAGGUCGAAUCCAACUUGAUUAAAGCAGUCGCUAUAAAUUUUUAUUUAAGACCUGCUUUCCUAGUUCUGACUUGCUUUGAAAUAAAACCCUUAACCUUUGAGACAAUGAGAAACUCUCAGCUACUCUCAUGGUGGCUCAUAGUUGCACACUAUUUUCUUAAAUACUGUAUUCACUCCCAAAAUGUUUUACUUGAAACAGAGCUCCUGAACUCUCCUGUCUGAAGUUAGUGUUGCUUUUGCACAUCCUUGGUAGUAAAAAAAAAUUCUAACUUCUUCUGUAGGAACUUAAAUACAUUUUUCCUGUUCUAAUACAGCUAUCAUGCUUAAGUGACAGCAUGGAACUUGUAUCAGGAGAAAUAAAUUUGACUUCUACACCUUUGUAUUUUUCCAAGUCUCACCACAGUUGCUGCAGUGAUUUGGAGUGAGUGGAAGGUUCCCUGGACACAGCAGAAAUCAGCUCCCUCCUCCACAGUAAUUCCUUCUUUACAAGUGUUUCUGUUCAGCCAAGGUUCAGUAAUUUAGCUCAUUUUUAAACCAGGGGAAAGCUACUGAAAUAAAAUUAGCUGCAGUGAAGAGUAUACUAUUCAUGGUGUAUGUUCAAUCAUUAUUCAUCACAGAACAGACACCGGCAGGCCCUCCUCUCACAGCAUUUCAGCUGCUAUGUACACAUUGCACUGCCCCAACAUCUCAACUAAAGCCACUGCUGACACCUCAGGGCACAAAGCAGU